AAGCCCUGAACAAUACAACUUUGAUACGAUUUUAGUCCUUAGAUAGAACAUUCACAUAACCUUUCGGCAUCUCUCAGUUUCUUCCUCUGCAUUCAAUUUGCACUCAUCGGAGAAAACAAAAGAUGUCGGGCAUGGGAGACGGGUACGUCGGCACGGCCCAAGAUGCCGUUAGGAUCCGCCGUCUCGAGAAGCAGAGAGAAGCCGAACGCCGUAAAAUCCAAGAGCUUAAAACCAAGUCCGCCUCCGCUAAAGGUCAACCCGGUCUUCUCCAAUUCGGUUCAAGUACUUCUGAGAUUCUCGAGACUGCAUUUAAGAAGGAAACUGUUGGUUUGGUUACAAGAGAGCAAUAUGUAGAGAAGAGAGUUAAUAUCCGAAACAAAAUCGAAGAGGAAGAGAAGGAGAAACUCCAGAAGCUUCAACAAGAGGAAGAAGAGCUUCAAUUGCAAAAGCGGAAGAAGAGGAAAGUUAAGGGGAAUUCUCGCCUGUCUUUUGCAGAUGAUUUUGACAACGGAAGUGAAGAGGAAGAUGAUGAAAACAAAACUUCGGAAUCAAAGAGGUUUAGUCGUGGAAAAUUUGGCAAGGAUCCAUCAGUGGAAACUAGCUUUCUUCCUGACAGUGAGCGGGAGGCUGAGGAGCAAGCUGAACGUGAAAGGUUGCGGAAACAGUGGAUUCUCGAACAGGAGCAAAUUAAGAAUGAACCUCUUGAAAUUACUUACAGCUACUGGGAUGGAGCAGGCCAUAGACGAGUGAUCCAGGUACGCAAGGGUGAUACCAUAGGAGAAUUCCUUCGAGCAGUUCAGCAGCAACUUGCACCGGAGUUUAGAGAGAUUCGGACAACUUCUGUGGAAAAUCUGCUUUAUGUGAAAGAAGAUCUUAUUAUUCCUCAUCAACAUAGCUUCUACGAGCUGAUUAUUAACAAGGCAAGGGGCAAAAGUGGACCGCUUUUCCAUUUUGAUGUGCAUGAAGAUGUGCGAACGAUAGCCGAUGCUACAAUCGAGAAGGACGAGUCCCAUGCCGGUAAAGUAGUCGAGAGGCAUUGGUACGAAAAGAACAAGCACAUCUUCCCUGCUUCAAGAUGGGAGAUAUAUGAUCCAACGAAGAAAUGGGAGCGAUACACCAUCCAUGGAGAUUGAAUAAUCGGCGAAGCCUCGCGGGACGAGAGGAGACCGUCUCUGUACUUUAAAGAAGAAAAACUGUUCUGAUUGUAUAUGAACAGAUGGUUUUGUUAUCUAUUUCUCAUAACUAUGAACUUUUAAUUAUAAAUUAGAUUCUUUUUCGGAACGAAUGUAUCCUUUUGGGGUUGUUAGGUACUCUUCCCAACAAUGAUAGUGCAAUGAGCCUUUUCUACAAAAGAGGCCAAAUUA